AUGACGGACAGUGGGUUUCAGGAAAAUCCUGAGCUACUCACUCACACAAAUGCACCGUUUGGCGUGUUCCUUAAUGAGAGAGAAUACGAGACAAUCCGGAUGAUUGGGUUACUCCGAGAAGCAGAUGCUCAAAAAGAGACGGCUAUCACGCAGUUCAACAAUUUCUACGAAUUCGAGCUUUUCCGAGCGUCUGAUGUUCAUAACAUCAAAGGCAAGGGGCUCGAUGAAUACUUCUACGGAGUUAUCGAUGCGAAGUUUAUACUUCGAGAUCGAGAAGACGCGCAGGAGAUGUUAGAACAAGCGAUGCCCCUCCCGCAACCUGGAACACCUGUCACCAUUUCCCCACAGAGGCCAAAUGCCAGUGAAGAACCUCGCAAAGAUAACAAGAUCAAGCUUUGGCAGGGCGUUGUUGUCUCUUCACAAGGGAUAUCUUCUAUUAUCGAUCGCCAAUCUUCUUAUCAUGCAAUCUGUGUACGGCUAAAAAGACCAGCGAUCCAGGAGUCGAUAGGGAUAAGACUGAAUUUAGCAGGGUUCGCAACCUUUGGCUCUCCUAAUCCAGCGAUUGUACAAGCACGCCGGGCAAUCAGAUAUGCAAUGUGGGGAAACGACCAUUUUGCUGUUGCUAGGGACAAUAAAGUGAAACGUCUGCUGUUGGCCCACGACAAUACAACGAUCGAGUUCCAUCGGCAUGGAGACCCGAUCGAUCAAAAAACGGGUCAAUUCAUCAAUAACAUCCAGAGAACCCGGAACGAGGAGCAGAUCAAUGCAAUUCGAUCCGCAUUCUCCGAUGGAAGUUUAUGGUGGAACUUUCUUUCUCUUGUCACAGGUCCACCCGGCACUGGCAAAACUUCUGUGUCUGUCUCUAUUGCCGCCCAUUGCCUUGAGCGAAAGUGGCCACUCCUGAUUGUCUGCGCCUCCAACCAUGGCCUUGAUGUGAUUACGGAACGCAUCAUUCGGUAUAUGGAAGAUAAGAAGAUCUCUAUGGCGGGAUUUUACAGACUAGGGACUGAUUACCGUGAGUCACACGAAAUGCAAAUGCCGCGAGGAUCAUCUUCACACGCAGGCGAUGAAGAUGAUGAUGAAUAUGAGGACGAUGAUUACCCAGGGGAACCGUCUCCAAUGUUCAAAAGGGUCGACAGAGAUCUCCGAGAACGUGGCAUUGAUCCAGGACUCCGGCAAAUUGUUAUUUCCUCGAUGGAGGGAAUUACGGAUCCAGGUCACCAUUUUUCACUAGGAGCACAUAUCACCAACGCAUUGGAAAUGGUCAUGGCAAGCGGCCAACCCAAACAGAUCACGAGAGACAAAACUGCUAGUGACAUUUCUGUUAAGGAAAGAGAUUGCCUGUGGGACUUUAUAACCUCCCAAGAACUUCUCAGAAGACAGGGCGACUUGUUUCUAGAGUCAACCGCCCUUGUUUCGGUAUCAAGAUCAACUUAUGCGGAUGAAUCCCCUCCUCAGACAAACGCAAAAAUUGUCAGAGAGCAGAGGAGACUCUGGUUGAACCUGCAAGAGCUCUACCUGAAAAAUGCAAAGAUAGUUUUAUGCACUGCAUCAACCGCUGGUCGAAAGGCGCUCCGAGGCUUUCGGCCCUCAUACCUGAUUAUCGAAGAAGCGUCUCAAAUGGUCGAGUCACAAGCGCUAAAUGGUAUCAUGCGCAAUCUGAAUGGGUUGAAAAAAGUAAUCCUCAGUGGGGAUACUGCACAGCUUGCACCCACUGUGAUAUCGAGAGGAUCAAAUGAGUGUUUCAACACGGAACAGGUCUCGCUGUUUGAACGAAUGAUUCGAACCGGUCAUCCUCACACGCAGCUCCGCACACAGUACCGGAUGGCUCCAGACAUUUGCAAGCAUGUGAGCGAAAGCUUUUAUGAUUCGAAAUUGAAAACUCAUCAAUCGUGCUUCAAUAGACCGAAGGCAAAGGACUUCUCUACUAAGAUGGCCGGCUGGUAUGACUGUGGGCGCGGAACUUCCUAUUUCGUAUCUGUUGACAAAUCUUCACUUUGGCGCCGCAAAGGCUCAACGUCUGUCCUCAAUCCGGAAUAUGUCGAUUUUAUUUGCGGAUUGGUUAGUCGAAUGACUCGGAACGGAAUUUCGGAGAACGACAUCUUGAUCCUUUCCUUCUACGAUGAAGAACGCCGUGCUCUCUGUUCUUUGCUAUAUGACAAGUUGCGCCUGAGAGCAAUCGAAAUCAAAAGCGUCGAUGCCUCUCAGGGUAGCGAAAGUCCCUUUGUAAUCCUCUCGAUGACUCGACCAGGGGGCGAAAUGGGCAUCGGGUUUGUGAGAGACCGCAAUCGACAGUGUGUUGCGCUCAGCCGAGCGCAAGAUGGCCUUGUAAUUGUGGGACACGAGAAUAUGGCCAAAUGGCACGAGGGUCACGGUUAUGACAGCUGGAAAAAGGUGAUCCGAGAUCAUGAUACGGCAGGACGAUUGAUUCGGUGCGUGGGAAAUCGGACAAAAGUGGUCGAAAAUCUUGCGAUCUCGGAGAAAUACUGGGCGCAUCUUCAAUGA